CAAAUCGAUCGCGUUCCUCGACUGUACAUAAACCUGUACAUUCUCUCCUACAUUGCGACCACUAAUACCGGUGUCUGUGUCUAGAGACUUGACCUUGUCAUUUGCGAAGGGAACAGAAAGCGUCAACAAUGAAGGCCAUUCGACGGUCUCUAAAAGGAGACAAGGAGUCCAAGUCACAUCACGUCUCGAUCACCCCCAAAUCGGCUCUUGCGAUCCUGCCACCGAAAAAGGUUAUCAAAGCGCUUUACGACCACGAACCGGCCCCCGGCAACACCCAGGAAUUGGCCUUUAGUAAAGGUGACUUUUUUCAUGUCAUAAGUCGCGAAGACGAUCCGGACUGGUACGAAGCCGCCAACCCUCUAGUUCCCCACGCCCGUGGCCUGGUUCCCGUGUCAUUCUUCGAAGUCGUACACAAAAACGAAAAAGAUCGCCAAAGCGGCGACAGCAAGGAGUCAUUCAAGCAGGAACUUCACGAUUCUGGAUAUUCAGACCGUCCCAUUCAUCACGAACGUCAGGAAUCAUCGACGAAUACGACCAAGCAGGCAGCUUUCAGAAUGUCAACUAGUGGGAAAAACGGCGCCAUGGUUUAUGGUGUGGUGGUAUAUGAUUUCAAGGCCGAACGUCCCGAUGAGUUGGAAGCCAAGGCCGGCGAAGCUAUUAUCGUUAUCGCACAAUCAAACCCCGAGUGGUUUGUCGCAAAACCCAUUGGUCGCUUGGGUGGCCCUGGUUUGAUACCAGUUUCUUUCAUCGAAAUCAGAGAUAUGGCAACGGGACAGGCUGUACCGGAUCCGCAUGAAGCUGUCAGAAGGGCAGGUGUGCCUCGCGUGGAGGAGUGGAAGAAGAUGACAGCCGAGUAUAAGAAUAGCAGUAUCACGCUGGGCAAGUUGGAUGGAAUGGCUGCAUCAGGCAUGCAAGCCGUCUCCAACGACAUGGAGAAGCUGUCAAUGAAUGGGCACGGCUCUUAUCAUAGCGCCAAUGGACAGGGAUAUCAUUCGAGAUCGGAAAGUCGAGCGGCGGGACCGUAUUCUCAAGGAUAUGCACAACCGCACCACGCGCAGCCGGCUGCAGGCACCCGACUUUUGGCCCCUGUAUCUGCUUCUAUUCCCCGGUACUGCUUUGAUCACGACAAAUACUGGUACAUUAUUGAGGCGAAGAUGGAGGACGGUACUCAUUGGGAAUUGUCACGUUUUUAUCAUGAUUUCUACGAUUUCCAAAUUGCUCUUUUAACCCAAUUCGAGGAUGAAGCUGGCCACAACGGAAAAACUCGAACAUUGCCGUUCAUGCCUGGUCCUGUGACUCAUGUCACCGAUGCUAUUUCGAACGGCCGGCGGCAAAACUUGGAUGAUUACAUCAAGAAGCUGCUGGCAAUGCCACCGCAUAUCUCUCGCUGCCCUCUUGUUUGCAAACUAUUCGCUCCUCGUCCUGGCGAUUUCGAGAUCGACCCUAAUGCAGUCGAGGAUACAUACCGAUUUUCCGGGGAAUCUCAGCAGUCAUCUGGUCACGAUAUUUCGCCCACCGACUCUCGGCAGUCGUCUCAGGCACGUAUCAGUGCUUCUGGCGUGGGAUAUGCAGCACCAAAUGGUGUGCCUUCUUCUCGCGCGCCUCACCAGCGCCAACAACCAUCUCUGUCUCAACAGAACAGCUUCGCAUCGCAAUCACGUACCGAUUUACAGAUCCCUCCAAUGAAUCGACAGGCCAGCUCGCUUACGCAGGCAUCGAACAAUUCUAGCAACAACGCUAUGAAAGUGAAGGUUUUCUUCCAGGACGAUAUCAUUGCUAUCCGCGUACCGGGCGAUGUCAACUUCCACCAGUUACAGGAUAAACUACGCGAGCGAUUAAAGGUCAACAACGAAAUGGUAGUCCAAUACCGGGAUGAAUCGACCAAUGACUUUAUCGACAUGCUCAGUGAUCACGAUCUAGACUCGGCUCUUCAACGAAACUCGAAACUCACCCUUCGUGUUUCAGUUGCAUAGUUGGUUUUCUCCACGGAUUCUUUUCGUUUAUUUCCGUUCCCUAAUCGGUUUCAUUUGUUCUGCAUAUUGUUCCAGGUGUUUUAACGGCGCAUUCUUCUCUUACUCUUUUACCAAUGAUGAUACGCCCGCUAUGUUUUCCAAGAUUGGCAUUCACGCCUUUUUUCCCCCUCAUAUGAUGUUAUGUUUGUCACUUCAUACCCCUGAUCAAGUCCGACCUCCCUUCUACUUCACAGUUCUCAGUUCCCUGCUCUUACAGCUUGUAACCAUUUUCUUCUUCGAUCUCUGGUCGAUUUCAAAACACUUUUUUUUCUUCUUCAAUAUGGUCAUUGUUCAUACCAUUGUACAGCAGUAUCGUUUGCCUUGCUGUGAGCGUAUCUAUCUAUUUUUUUAUUUUAAUUGUUUAUCAUGCUUUCUCCCUCUUUCUCUCCUGAUCGCCCGAUGUAUGUGGGUGAGGGGAGGGAGAUAGACAUGUUGAAAUAGUAGAUAGUUUCAGGUCCAUAAUGCAUGAAUAAAUAAAAGUUGCUGAUUC